AUGAAAACGCAUAUUUAUUCGAGUCAUAUUUAUGUUUUGUGUGCAAUUAUAAACACCGACCAUAUCGCUCAUUUAAGUCGUAGAGCUGUUUCUGCUUUGGGACUUGCUGCGUUUUUUAUGCGCAAUCUAUUGCACUUCAUUAUACAUUUAGAGAGAGCAGCACACGAAACCAAACUGAACAGAUUCAGCUAUUAUUGUUUGGAUGAUCGGAUAAACUCCGAAUUUGAAGGACUUUUCUAUAUCUGUGUGUAGUAAGAUGGACAGUAACAGCAAAUCCACGUUUGACCCUAAAGAUCAUCAGCAUUUAAGAUACAAUCCCCUGCGGAACUCCUGGGUUUUGGUCUCGGCCCAUCGGAUGAAGCGUCCAUGGAAAGGACAGGUGGAGAAACCUCCGGAAGACAAUGUCCCACGUCAUGACCCAAACAACCCCCUCUGUCCUGGUAGUGUGAGAGCAAAUGGAGAGGUGAAUCCACAGUAUGAAAGCACAUUCAUGUUUGAAAACGAUUUUCCUGCUCUCCAGCCAGAUGCUCCAGAUCCCGGUUCAGAUCAUCACCCACUUUUCCGAAGCAAAGCAGCCAGAGGCGUCUGUAAGGUCAUGUGCUUUCACCCCUGGUCUGACAUCACCCUCCCCCUCAUGCAGCCUGCAGAGAUCCGGAGAGUGAUUGACAAGUGGGCGGAGCUGAUCGAAGAGCUUGGAAUCACGUACACAUGGGUGCAGAUCUUUGAGAAUAAAGGAUCCACGAUGGGCUGUUCAAACCCUCAUCCUCACUGUCAGGUUUGGGCGAGCAAUUUUCUUCCCAAUGAACCGGCGCUGGCAGAAAGCUGUCAAAAAGACUUCCUGCAGAAGCACGGGGAGCCCAUGCUAGUGCAGUAUGCUCGAAUGGAGGCGGAAGCACAGGAGCGUGUUGUAGUGGAAAAUGAGCAUUGGCUGGUGGUGGUGCCCUAUUGGGCGACUUGGCCCUUUCAGACUCUGCUGUUGCCACGACGACAUGUUUUGCGUCUCCCUGACCUCACCAGUCAAGAGAGAGAGAGUCUGGCGUCCAUAAUGAAAAGGCUCCUGACGAAAUAUGACAACCUCUUCGAGGUCUCCUUCUCCUAUUCAAUGGGAUGGCAUGAUUGUCGCAGCCGAUCUGGCCGGGGUCCCGGAGGAGUACCACGACCUCCGAGUGGUGUUCAGCAAGUCGCGAGCCACCUCUUUUCCUCCGCAUCGCCCCUAUGACUGCGCCAUAGAACUCCUCCCGGGCACUUCUCCGCCCAAGGGUCGACUCUACUCCUUGUCAGGUCCUGAAAGAGAGGCCAUGGAUAAAUACAUUCACGAAUCUCUCCAAGCUGGGCUCAUUCGCUACUCCUCCUCACCGGCCAGUGCGGGCUUCUUCUUCAUACAGAAGAAAGAUGGCUUCCUGCGUCCCUGUAUUGAUUAUCGAGGUUUGAAUGAGAUUACUGUUAAGAAUAAGUACCCCUUACCUUUCAUGUCUACUGCCUUCAAACUCUUGCAGGGAGCCCAGGUCUUUACCAAGCUAGACCUAUGCAACGCCUAUCACCUGGUCCGUAUCCGUGAGGGGGAUGAGUAGAAGAUGGCUUUUAACACGCCUUCGAGACAUUACGAGUAUUUGGUUCUCCCGUUUGGUUUGACCAAUGCUCCUGCCGUUUUCCAGGGUCGCGUUAACGCUGUGUUGGGAGACAUGAUUAAUAAAUUUUUCUUUGUGUACAUGGAUGACAUUCUGAUCUUUUCCCCCUCUCUCCAGUAUCACACCCGACACGUUCGUGAGGUCCUCCAGCGAUUAUUAGAGAAUCAACUUUUUGUCAAGGCAGAGAAGUGCGAAUUCCACGCCGACACAGUUUUGUUCCUUGGCCAUAUUAUUUCCCCCAGGUUAUUGAGCCGGACCCUGCUAAGAUCAAAGCCGUCGCCAUGUGGCCAGUCCCCGACUCUUGUAAAGCACUUCAGCGGUUCCUGGGUUUCGCCAAUUUUUACCGCCGAUUUAUCCGGGGUUUUUUAUUAGUUUCUUUUUGAUUUCUUUUGUCUCCAGUGCCUUGCCUCGUUUCUAUUAGUUUUCUUUUGUACCCUCAUUAGUUCUCGUUGGUGUCCCGGACCUCUCGGCGGAUUUCACCCCGGCAUCUCACCACCAAGUGGUCUACUCUUCUGGCUCUUCUAUACCAGGCAUCUCACCACCAGUGGUCGUCUCUCUAGAAUCUUCGGGUCGAGGUUUCUCCCCGCUUCCUGCUCUCCCUCCGCGGGGCAAGAUCUCCCGGAAUGUGCUCGUCCCCGUGAGUCUCGUCGGGUUGAGUGCUCUCCCCGAGACCCCUGUGGUUUCUGCGGACUGGUUCGGUGGUGUCUGGAGGACUGUUUAUUCUCUUCUUGGUGGACUAUUCAAUAAAUUGCCAUUUACCUGCACUUGAGUUCCAUCUCCUUUGUGAAAAGUCAUGGCAAAAUUAUUGGGUGUGGCUUGCGUUUCUCACUGCGAAUGGAUUGGAUGUGUAAAAACAGCUGUUGCAUUGAUUUUGAAAUGAACCUGGCAGAAGACUGACAGUUGAAGGGUAGGAGUUAACGGAUGCUCCGGUCAAGCCAUCUAGUUUACGUCAUUUGAGAUGGAUAGUCAUUUCAGGGCAGAAGUGCAUUUUAACUGAAGAUUAUGAGGGUACAUGGAUUUAAAAAAGAUUCCCAUUUACCUGCACUUGAGUUCCGUCUCCUUUGUGAAAAGUCAUGACAACUUGGAAAAAUGACCCACAUAUUGAUAAGCUAUUUACUGUAAACACUGCAAUAUUUCAUGAAAAAAUAAUAAUUGUCAUUUUUAAUUUCACUGGGACUUUAAGAGUGAUGAGAAUUUGGAGGGUUUUCGAUAUAUUGUAAGAUUCCAAAAUAAUUUAAUGGUAAUAAAAUUGUCUUAAAUAAUUUCUUAUUUCCUACAAUUGUAGGAUAAUCUAUGACUUGCGCAUGUUAUCGACAUAUUUUAAGAGAUUCAAGGCCCGUUCACACCACAAACGAUAAUAUCCACAACACAACACACAGUUGAAAUCAGUUUCAGGGCUUUUUUCCAGCUAAUUAAUGAUUAAACAUUGACAGACUGAAAAAUAGAUUGAAAAUAAGUGAAAACAGAGUGAAAAAUAAAUAAAACAUUUUUGUCUGUUGGUGUGGCCCCAAUAUAAUUAUCAUUAUAGUUUUCUUUACAGUUUCCGUUCUUGGUGUAAGCUAGUCUUAGCCCCAAAAUUGAUUUAAAUGAUCUUACAGUAAGCCUUAAAGCAGUGGUCACCAAUCCUGCUCCUGGAGAUCGACCGUCCUGAAGAUUUCAGCUCUAAACCCAAUCAAACACACCUGAACUAUCAAAUCAAGGUGUUCAGGUUUGCUUGAUAAUUACAGACAGGUGUGCUGAAGCAGGGUUGGAGCUGCAGUCUGCAGGACGGUCGAUCUCCAGGAGCAGUGUUGGUGACCACUGACUUAAAGCAGUGCAGUGUUUUACAUGAUGUUAAAAAAACAUGACAUCACUCUAAUCAUUAAAUAAAUGCCGAACAUACAUCAGAUCAUCAAACUUGAUAUUCGUGGACACUGUGCCACGUGUUUUUACACUUUCAGGAUGUUUACAAUAUAUACAGUAUUUGAAAAUCUAGAUCUUACAGUAUUUUCACUGGCACAAAAAAAAUGGCCCUACCCAGCGAUAUCUGCAUAUCUGUACUGUAAAACUGUGCCCUGGACCAAAUGUUAACCAGGAAAAAACAAUAAUAUACUAGAAGUAACCGGACACGGGCCAAAACAGACAUGAAAGCUGGGAAGCGAGAACCUGUUCCAAACCCACUAACAUCAUGGGAAUCAGCAAGACUGUAGCAGCCGAGAAAACGUCAGCAGAGGAAAUUAACAGCCGUUUCAUUGGAGUAGACUGGAUGAAUCUGAUUUAACUUGCAUGAUACGCUUUUCAUUCAUUACAUGGGGAUAAGUGAGGGGGCUCUGUGAUUGGGCCGACGGCCAAACCGCUGGUUCUCAUAGCCGUUUUAUAACUUAAUAUGUACCGUGAAACCUUACAAGAUAUGUCUCACAUGCCACUGGCAUCCAAACGUCUGCUGGCUGGGUUUGUUAAUUAAGGCUUUGGCUUGAGCCCGGUGCUGUGGUUUGUUCUAUAUAGCAAAGGCAGCUUUGAUGUAGUGACAGAUUCUAUUUUAUUUGCGAAACCGAAACGAUACAUAUGUGAUCGGACUGAAUGGUGUGCCCAGUUGUUUUUAAAGAGUGUUUGUAAAAAUGCCAUCCAUUGGGAUAUUAUGCAUUUUUUUACAACUGUUUGAUAUUUUGCUUAAAAUGAAACACAAUAAUUUUAACGAGCCAUCACAUGCUACAUCUUAACAUCUUAUAGCCAGUCAUUGAACUUUCAUUUCUUUGCAAAGAUUACAUCUGUUUAGUCGAUAGAGGUUAUAACAUCUCUUUCAAAGGCUGGCCUGCGACAAAUGCACAUCGACAAAUGGCAUGCUUAAAGUCAACAUGAAAUCAAAGAUGAAAGUUUUGUUCCUAGUCCUAUUGUGCCCAGUCAUUGAUGUUUGCCCAAAAAAUAAAAAUAAAGUUAUGGUAAUUUUUCAUCAUAAUGUUAUCAUAAUUUUGAUCCACCUUAAAAUAUAUUUCGAAGUUCAGCUGUUUCAGGUGUUACAUAGGCCACAUGGGCAAGGAACUAGUAGCCUGAACUAGUAGUCCGUUUUACACUGCAAUAUUUCACUUAAAAAUGAUGAUGUUUCAUGGUAAGCUUUUACUGUAUAUAUUUAACUAAAAUAAUGUUUCAUUUCAACAUAAUGUUUGAAUGACAAAUUAGUGAUGCUGAUGAUGUGCAA